AAGGGGUGAUGACUUUAGCACCCCCUAAACCUACCGCUCCCGACUCUCUCUCCUCCCGACUCUUUCGCAUGCGAUCACCUUCCUUCUCUGAAGCGUCGACACCCGCCCGAAAACCCUAGCUAGCGCAAAACCCUACCUAGGGUUCUCUCCUCAUCCUCCUGCACCACGCACCAAUGGACGACCCCGAGGGCGCCCUCAGCUUCGACUUCGAGGGUGGCCUCGACGCCACCGCCGCCGCCGCCGCCCAAGUCCCCCCUCUCCACCACUCCGCGGCCACCUCCUCCCUCGCCGCUUCCGACCCCUCCGCCGCCGCCGCGGCGUCUUCCGUCGCGGGAUCCGUCGCUCCCUCCGGCCCCGGCGGCGGCGCCCCCGCUGAUCUGCCCGGCGGCGGCGCCGGGCGGCGGAGCUUCCGGCAGACGGUGUGCCGGCACUGGCUCCGUGGGCUCUGCAUGAAGGGGGACGCGUGCGGGUUCCUCCACCAGUACGACAAGGCGAGGAUGCCCGUGUGCCGCUUCUUCCGCAUGUUCGGCGAGUGCCGCGAGCAGGAUUGCGUCUACAAGCACACCAACGAGGACAUCAAGGAGUGCAACAUGUACAAAAUGGGUUUCUGCCCAAAUGGCGCGGAUUGCCGAUAUAGACAUGCAAAGCUGCCUGGACCUCCACCCCCUGUUGAAGAAGUCUUUCAGAAGAUUCAACAGCUGAGUUCUUUUGGUUAUGGAUCUUCAAACCGAUUUUUUCAGCAUAGAAACAAUAAUUACAACCAGCAAGGAGAGAGGCCUCAGUUGCCACAAGGUCCUGAGGUAGCUAACCAGAAUACAGCAGCAAAACAGCCAACAGCAGAACAGUCCAAUGUACAGCAACCUCAAACACAAAAUCAGCAGUCUCAACAACAACAACAACCACAGCAACAGCAAACUACUGAGAAUCAGGCGCAGAGUGUUCCAAAUGGCUUGCCGAACCAAGCCACUAGAACUGCAUCUCCCCUUCCUCAAGGUCAAUCUAGGUAUUUUAUUGUUAAAAGUUGCAAUCGAGAAAAUCUGGAAAUAUCGGUCCAGCAGGGUAUUUGGGCAACUCAAAGGAGUAAUGAGGCUAAACUUAAUGAAGCUUUCGAAUCAUCAGAGAAUGUCAUUUUGAUAUUCUCAAUCAACAGAACUCGUCAUUUUCAGGGUUGUGCAAAGAUGACUUCAAAGAUUGGUGGAUUUAUUGGUGGAGGAAACUGGAAAUCUGCUCAUGGAACUGCUCAUUAUGGUCGGAAUUUUUCGGUAAAAUGGCUUAAGCUGUGCGAGUUGUCCUUUAAUAAAACCCAUCAUCUCAGGAAUCCAUACAAUGAUAACCUACCAGUAAAGAUCAGCCGAGACUGUCAAGAGUUGGAACCUUUUAUUGGCGAACAAUUGGCUUCUCUGCUUUAUCUAGAGCCAGAUAGCGAACUCAUGGCAAUGCUUGCCGCAGCUGAGUCUAAGCGUGAAGAGGAAAAGGCGAAGGGGGUCAAUAAUGAUGAGACAGCUGAUAAUCAAGAUAUUGUGCUCUUCGAGGACAACGAAGAAGAGGAGGAAGAAGAAAGUGAGGAAGAAGAGGAGGGCAACAGCCAGGGCCCACAGGGUCGGGGGAGGGGAAGGGGCGCGAUGAUGUGGGGACCGCAUAUGCCAAUGGGAGUCCGAGGUGGGGGUCCAAUGCUCGGAGUUCGUGGUUUCCCUCCGGUCAUGAUGGGCGCAGAUGGGUUUGGCUACAAUGAUGGCUUUGGCAUGCCUGAUCUCUUUGGCGUCCCUCCUAGGGUUUUCCCACCUUUCAACGGCCCGAGAUUUUCUGGUGAUUUCUCCAGAACUGCCCCGAUGCCAGGGAUGCUCUUCCCUGGUCGGCCCCCUCACCCGGGGUCUGUCUUCCCGAUGGGUGGGCCGCUCGGGAUGAUGAUGGGGCCCCCUAGUCGGGCACCGUUCAUGGGGGGAAUGCCGGGCAUGCCAAUGGGUGGACUGGGUCGGUCCAACCGCCCGAUGAUGCACCCGCCGCCCCCUCUUCCGAAUAGCCGGGGCCCGAGAAGGGACCAGAGGAGGCCGGGGAGUGAUCGGGGCGGCGACAGGUAUGAGAUGGGAUCAGACCUAGGGAGCAGGGGUCAGGAUACAGCAGACGAGAUGGGCUAUCAGCACGACACAAAGAUGCAAUCCGACGAUAAGUUUGGCGGCACCAGAAAUAACAGCUUCCAGAACGAGGACAGCGAGAGCGAGGACGAUGCGGCGCCGCGGCGGUCGAGGCACGGGGAGGGCAAGAGGAGGCGGCGGGCCUCCGAGGGUGAAUCUCCGUCAGAAUCUGAACAUCAGAACCAGUGAUGGCGUUUCCUUUCUUUACUUUUAUCCAGAGAUUUUUUUUUUUUCCCUCUCUCUCUCUCUGGGUAUUGCACUUCUCAUCAUAUUUCUUUUCUUGUUCUAUGACCUGUAAUACUUAUUAACAGUCUCCAUCACUGGAGCCUGUUGUUUGCUGAAGUUAGGCUGAAACUCAACUAAAUAGGAAACAGAGUUACGUACUAUGGAUCUGAUUUGAGGGUGACUGAGGUGGGUGGAUGAAUUUUGUGAUUAGUAAUAUUCGAUGUGUAUAAUAACAUCAAAUCACAGCAAAGAAUACCCAGAGAUGAUUGAAAUUAUUAUUAAAUUACUGGAAAUUGUGUAGUAAGGUGAACUGUAAACUUGCUGUGUACUCUCAAAAUUUCUCCUGUUUUGAGAGCUUACCACGAUAUUUCUCUCAAAAUGAUACUGUUUUCUACUUGAUUUCUUUCUUGUAACAAA